AUGGCUUCGCUCAACGGAUCCGGUGUUUUGAACCAAAUCAUCAUAUCCCCGUCGGACACCGAUUAUCUGGACCAGCUUAUCCCGUCGAUUCGUGAGCAUAGCAUUGGCAACCGAACUCCGCAGCUACUCCAAUCCCUUGCGCGAUUUGCAAGUGACAAGGAGGCCGAGAUCGAAAGCAUAUGUAAUACCAAUCACCAGGAUUUCGUCUCCUCGGUCAAUUCUCUUCUUCGGAUCCGCGAGGGAACUGUUUCCCUCACAACCGAGAUUCUUGACCUCAACCAGUCAAUUCAGACCAGUACAGAACGUCUUGCCGAACAGAAGAAGGCACUUGUGGAGUCGCGGAGUCAUCGGCAGAAUAUUGAUGAAACCUCACGAGCAAUCCGAGACUGUCUUGAAGUCCUGCGCUUGGCCAACCAAGUCCAUGAUUUGCUGGCCAAGAAGAAUCACUAUGCGGCCCUGCGCGCGUUGGAAGAGCUACAGAAUGUUCAUUUGAAGGGCGUGACACAAUACAAGAUUGCAGAAAUGAUUCAACGAUCGGUACCGGCAACACAACGGGCGAUUGCAGAGGCUGUCAUGUCCGACUUGAACACGUGGCUGUACCGCAUUCGAGAGAUGUCACCAUUCUUGGGCGAGCUGGCGCUGUUCCAUACGGAUCAACGCAAGUCGAGGCUCAAAGAACGCGCGGACAAAAUCCCGUUCUUGGAGAAUUUCAGCUUGAACUCUGCCAUCGAGUUGGUGGCAGAUGAAGGCGAAGAGUAUGAUCUGUUGCAAAACGAAGACCUGCAAGUGCCAUUUGCGCCCCUUUUUGAGUGUUUGCACAUCCAUCAAUCCCUGGGGCAAAUGGACAAAUUUAGAAUCGAGUACGCGAAUACACGGCGUCGACAAAAAGACCUGUUACUCCCCGCUUCCGUGACCCUCGUAGACGAAGAUGGCGCGAGUCUCCAUAACUUGCUGGAGGAGAUGGCUGGGUUUGCCAUCGUCGAGCGGGCGACGAUGAAGAGGGUUCCAGACUUGAGAUCUCCGGUUGAGAUCGACGAACUAUGGGAUUCAUCAUGCCAAGCUGCGGUUGGUGUCAUCUCAAAGGCACUCCAUGAAGUGGACAAUGCAGAGAGUAUUUUGAAGACGAAGAACCUGAUCGCACUCUUUAUGCAGACCAUGAAUACCUGGGGGUUCUCUGUCCGUGUUUUUGACGAUUUUCUACUAAAAUUAUUCAGCAAGUAUGCUGAGCUUCUCAAGAAGCGAUUCAGUGACGAUUUCCAAGAGUUCAAGAUCGUCUCAACCGACGAUUACAUGCCAAUGCCAAUACAAACCCCAGAGGAAUACGAAAAAGUACUCAACGUCAGCUGGUAUAUUCCUGAGAAGCCAAGGGAGGAACAAUCAUUUCCCUGCAUUCUACCGUUCUCCAGGAUGUAUCCUUUAUGCUGCAUUGACAUCCGUAAUUUCCUCAACCAGUUCUACUUUUUCGCCAAUGACGAAUUCUCACAUCCUAAUGUCAUUGAUGAAACACUGAAAGAUGCGCUGGAUGACCUUCUUUGUCGCAAAGUUUGUGACACUCUCGUCGAGCGUCUCUCCUCACAAUAUCUCGGACAAAUUGUGCAAAUCUUGAUCAAUCUCGAGCAUUUCGAAUCGGCAUGCCACGAAUUGGAGCUGCUCCUUGCGGCUGCAAGAUCUCAGAACUCGACAAGUACCUCAAUUGCCCUGCGAGCCACCGAAAAGUUCAAGAACAAUAAGAAAGCCGCCGAAAAACGGAUUUUCGAAGUGGUCAAUUCCAAGAUCGACGAUCUUGUCGAAACCGCAGAAUAUGAAUGGAUGGCUCCUCAUCCCCCCAGUGAACCCAGCAAUUAUAUGCAAACCCUAACGCGUUUCUUAUCGAACAUCAUGAACUCUACUUUACUGGGUUUGCCCACUGAAAUCAAGGAGCUGAUCUAUUUCGACGCGCUGAGCCAUGCCGCAAACAUGAUCUUGGCACAACCUCUGGCCCCAGAAGUCAAAACGAUCAAUCCUAAUGGUGUAGCUGCCCUUGCCAAGGAUGUCGAGUACCUGGCCCAAUUUGUGGACAGUCUCAAUGUACCAAUUCUUCGUGAGAAUCUGGACGAGCUUCAACAAACAGUCCAACUGAUGCAGGCUGAGAACGCGGAUGAGUUUUACGAUAUCUCCACCAGGAACAAGAAAUACGGCCGAGUGGAUGCCAUGCAGGGCCCCAUACUGCUUGAGAAGUACAAUUGA